AUGUUAUACUUCCCACGGCUACAAUAUCAAGGACUCAUCAAUUCACUGAUGGUUGAUUCGAACAUCUCCCAGUUCUGGAGUCGCGAUGAAAGCGUCAUAACGCCAGUAAUUCUUUUUGUCAAUCUGAUAUCUGCUUCCGUUCUUGAGCUUGAAGACCAACAACACCAAGCAGAGGUCGCCAUAGUGAAUACCACAUCAGGGAAUACCAACAUGGAAGAUAUCCAGAUUCCAGAUAGCGGAGGGGAACACUUGUUCGGGAUAGACCUAGUCACAUCCGCAUUUGCUAACAUAACCGGGAGGACAAAUAUGUCGUGCGGCGGGGAGAAUGUUGAGAAACUGAGUGAGAUGGGUGUGCGUAAAGCUGCGGCCGAUUCUGCCGAGAUAGUGGACACGUAUUGUACCUCCUCACAGUACGAUAGUAUGCAGCGUGAUCUGCUGCGCGAGGAUGGAGAUGAGGCAGAGGACGUCUCUAAUUGGUCCACCAAUAAUUCAGUCUUCGCUCUAACAGCUAUGGCAUACUAUCAGAUGGAUACAAACCAUAAUUUAGAGGGUCAUGGAGUAGUGCCACGUAGCGCGUACAUUCGAAGGGUGCGGGGUUAA